AUUGCAUUUACAGCCAGUUCACUCAAUACAACUUCUCAGCAUGGCUGAAGAAACAUCCUCCCUCACCUCUUUUGGUCAGGCUCGCUCGACUGUCAAGGACCAGCCCUUGACAGUGGAGGAGCUCAAGAAGAUCGAUGCCUACAUGCGGGCCUCCCUUUACCUCUGUCUUGGUAUGCUCUAUCUCCGUCAAAAUCCACUUCUCAAGGAGCCUCUCAAGAAGGAACAUCUCAAGGCUCGUCUUUUGGGUCACUGGGGUUCCGACGCUGGUCAGAUUUUCACCUACAUCCACAUGAACCGUCUCAUUAAGAAGUAUGAUUUGGAUGCUCUUUUCGUUUCUGGUCCUGGUCACGGUGCCCCCGCUGUCCUCUCUCAGUCCUAUCUCGAAGGUGUCUACACUGAAGUCUACCCUAACAUAACCGAAGAUGUCGAAGGCAUGCGACGCUUCUUCAAGCAAUUCUCAUUCCCCGGCGGGGUUGGUUCUCACGCUACUCCCGAGACUCCUGGAUCUCUUCACGAAGGUGGUGAACUCGGUUACUCCAUUUCCCACGCCUUUGGUACGGUCUUUGACAAUCCCAACCUCAUUACUCUUACUAUGGUCGGUGAUGGUGAAAGUGAGACUGGCCCUCUGGCUGCUUCUUGGCACAGUACUAAGUUUUUGAAUCCUAUCACCGAUGGCGCUGUUUUGCCUGUCUUACAUCUCAACGGUUAUAAGAUCAACAACCCCACCGUCCUUGCUCGUAUCUCCCACGAAGAGAUUGAAGCUCUCUUUAUCGGCUAUGGCUGGAAGCCCUACUUUGUCGAAGGCUCUGACCUUACCUCUAUGCACCAAGCUAUGGCUGCUACUCUCGAAAAGGCUGUCCUUGAGAUCAAGGCCUACCAGAAGCAAGCUCGAGACUCUGGCAAGGCUUUCCGUCCUCGUUGGCCUAUGAUAAUUCUCCGAUCCCCCAAGGGUUGGACUGCUCCUCGAAACGUCUCUGGCCACCACCUCGAAGGCUAUUGGCGUGCCCACCAGAUCCCCCUUGCCGACGUUGCUUCCAAUUCUGAACACCUCAAGCUCCUCGAGGACUGGAUGCGAUCUUACAAGCCCGAAGAGCUCUUCACUGAGGAUGGUAAACUUAUCCCUGAGCUCAAGGCUCUUCCUCCUGCAGGUCAAGCCCGUAUGUCUGCCAAUCCUGUGUCUAACGGCGGUUUGGUCCGCAAGGCAUUGAAUCUUCCCGACUUCAAGGACUACGCCAUCAAGGACAUCGCUCCUGGUGUGACUCUUGCCCCCAGCAUGUCAAACAUGGCGCUCUUUGUUAGGGACGUGAUCAAGAAGAACCAGACCAACUUCCGUCUAUUCGGCCCUGAUGAGACUGAGUCCAACAAACUCGCAGCUGUGUAUGAGGCAGGCAAGAAGGUUUGGAUGGGCGAGUACUUGCCCGAGGACACUGAUGGUGGUAACCUCGCUCACGCGGGUCGGGUGAUGGAGAUCUUGUCUGAGCACACAGUUGAAGGAUGGCUUGAGGGUUAUGUCUUAUCUGGUCGACAUGGUCUUCUGAAUUCCUACGAGCCCUUCAUCCACAUCAUCGACUCUAUGGUUAACCAACACUGCAAGUGGAUCGAAAAGUGUCUCGAAGUCGAAUGGCGUGUCAAAGUCUCCUCCCUUAACAUUCUUCUUACCGCCACGGUCUGGCGUCAGGACCAUAACGGUUUUACUCACCAAGACCCCGGUUUCCUCGACGUCGUCGCCAAUAAGUCCCCCGAGGUCGUCCGCAUCUAUCUCCCUCCCGACGGUAACUGUCUUCUCUCUGUCAUGAAUCACUGCUUCGACAGCAAAAACUAUGUCAACGUUGUCGUUGCCGACAAACAGGAUCACUUGCAGUAUCUCGACAUGGAGGCUGCUGUUGCGCACUGUACCAAGGGUCUUGGUAUUUGGGAAUGGGCGUGUGUGGGUGACCCCAACGAGAACCCUGACCUCGUUAUGGCUUGUUGCGGUGAUGUCCCUACUAUGGAGUCUCUUGCUGCCACUGCUCUCCUGAAAGAGUACCUCCCAGAGCUCAAGAUUCGUUUUGUUAACGUCGUUGACCUCUUCAAGCUUAUCUCUCACGUGGACCAUCCUCACGGUCUUACUGAUCGUCAGUGGGUCUCUUACUUCACCGAAGACACUCCAAUCAUCUUCAACUUCCACUCUUACCCCUGGCUCAUCCACCGACUCACUUAUAAGCGCCCUGGUUCUCAGAACAUCCACGUCCGAGGUUACAAGGAGAAAGGUAACAUCGACACUCCUCUCGAGCUCGCUAUUCGUAAUGAGACCGACCGAUACAGUCUCGCGAUGGACGCUAUUGAUCGUCUGCCCCACCUCAAAAACAAGGGUUCUAUGGCGAGGGAGAAGCUGUAUGAUGCCCAGAUUAAGGCGAGGGACUGGGCCUUUGAGCAUGGUAUUGACCCGGAGGACGUCAGGAAGUGGAAGUGGCCUUAUGGUCCCAAGACUGAGGGUAUUGCGAGCAAGCUUGGGUUCGGAGGAGAGAACAAGCAACAGGUUGCAUCCGUUGGUACUAGCGAAUAAGGGUUGAUCGCAGUCAAAAGUGUAAUGUCGUAAGAAGGAAGUGUAUUGUACAAACGAAAAAAGAAAAUGAAUUGUCUGUUGGUUCUUGUUCUUAGUUUGAGUGGCCUCCGGGAUACUUUAUAAUGUUUCGCCUUCGGCACUGGUGAAUUACCAGCGAAAUGUUUUUCAUAUCUUUUGCAUAUUUCCAAUAACUCUGGAGAUUUUCACUCAUUCCCA